CACACGAACCCCGGGGCUCAGACUAAUUGCUGACCCCUCCGGUUCUGGCGUGCCCUGCCCCGUGUGAACGCCGGUCCUCGGAUGAUGGCCUGUUUGGUGCCUGCCGGUGUGCUUUCCUCAACCCUUCCGCAUUUUCCUGCUGCUCUCGGGCUGUGACGUGUCGUGCUGACGGCGGCCUCGGAGCUGGAGGAGCGGGGGGCUGUAGCAUGACCAGAUCUGGCUCCAGACGUCCUGCUUUGCUUUCAGCAGAGCUCCAGAAACAACCCCUAACCCCUCCUUCUCUGCUCCUCUCCGGCCCGCCCAAAUAACACAAAAUUCCCGACUGAAUCCAGCCCGAGUCUGGGGGAACCAGGCGGCCUGGAAGCCGAGGAGCGGACCGAGGCCAUCCGUGCAGCAUCAAUCCGCUCUCCAGGAACAGAUGCAGUGCGAGGACAAUGGACGAGGAAGUCACCCGGCUUUCCAUACGUGCUGAAGAGCCUAAAAUAAUCUUACACGGAUCGGAUGAGGGUGGUGCCGGCGGGCAGGAGUUUGUUGUGGAGCUUCAAGAGACUGUGUUGGUGUCCGAAGGCGAGGGGGAAGGCAUGGCCGUCCACAGGUUUGCCCCAGACGAGCUCGUCAUCCAGGACGCUGUUGAGGAUGUGGUUUCUGAGUACGUGCACUGCGAUGAAGAUGAAGAUGUCGCUGUAGAAACCUGCGUGAUGGCUCUGGAGGGCGAGGAGGAAGGUGUUGCCAUGGGAGACAUCCCUGAAGAUGGGAUGGACCCAGAGCAGCAGGAAGACGACCAAGAUGGCUGCGGAGAUUACCUGAUGAUAUCCUUGGACGAAGCUGGUAAAAUGGUGUCAGAGGACGGGACAGAGGUGACAGUGGAAGGAGCUGUGGAGGACCAGGAGGUGGAGAAGGAUGAGGACGGACAGGAGGUGAUAAAGGUGUACAUCUUCAAGGCUGACUCUGGGGAGGAUGACAUGGGAGAGUCUGUCGACAUCAGCGACGGUGACACGGAGAGCGUGGCGUUGACGUCAUCUUCAGGCCAGACGCUUAGAGAGAAGAUGGUCUACAUGUCUGUUGGUGAUUCUCAUCACAAUCAAGGAAACCACGGUGGGUCCAAGGUGACUGAUGAGGUUUAUAUGGAGGUGGUGGUAGGAGGCGAAGAGCCAGUAACUCACGACCGCUCGUAUGACAGCGUGUCUCUAAGCAAGGACUUCAUGCCUGUGGCCUGGGCAGCUGCUUAUGGUGCAGAGGACAGUGAGAGUUGUGAAAACCGAAAUGGUGCAGCCAGCGCACUGCUGCACAUCGACGAAUCCGAUGGCAUUGAUGAAAUCAACAGACAACGCAACAAGAGCAAGAGACGAUCAGAGCCUCGCCAGGUACAGACAGCCAUCAUCAUCGGUCCUUAUGGUCAGCCUCUCACAGUUUACCCCUGCAUGCUUUGUGGAAAAAAGUUCAAAUCUAGAGGUUUCUUGAAACGCCACACCAAGAAUAAUCACCAGGAUGUCCUGACGAGGAAAAAGUACCAAUGUACAGACUGUGACUUCACCACCAACAAGAAGGCCAGCCUCCACAACCACAUGGAGGUGCACGCUCUGAGCAGCAAGGCCCCUUUCGAGUGUGAAAUGUGUGGCAAGGAGUUCCACCAGCAGGCGGCGCUGUUCUCCCACAGACUGCAGCACCACCACAGAGAACCCAAAAACCAACCUCCUCCACCGCCCACCAAGAUGCAUAAAUGCAAGUUCUGUGACUAUGAAACUGCCGAGCAAGGGCUGCUCAAUCGGCACUUGUUGGCCGUUCACAGCAAAAGCUUCCCCCACAUCUGUGUGGAGUGCGGGAAAGGUUUCCGACACCCUUCAGAGCUAAAGAAACACAUGCGCACACACACAGGCGAGAAGCCGUACUCCUGCCUGUACUGUGACUACAAGUCAGCUGACUCCUCCAAUCUCAAGACUCACAUCAAGACCAAGCAUAGCAAAGAGAUGCCGUACAAAUGUGAGCGCUGUUUCCAGACCUUUGCAGAGGAGGAUGAGUUAAUGCAGCACGGACUAACACACGAGGAGAAUAAGACCCACCAUUGUGCCCACUGUGACCACAAAAGUUCCAACUCCAGUGACCUGAAACGCCAUAUCAUAUCUGUUCACACCAAGGACUACCCACACAAAUGUGCCAUCUGUGGAAAAGGUUUCCACCGGCCAUCUGAACUGAAGAAGCACUCGUUAUCCCACCGCACCAAGAAACUCCAUCAGUGCCGACACUGCAACUUUAAAAUCGCAGAUCCUUUUGUCCUCAGUCGUCACAUCUUGUCUGUCCAUACAAAGGAGCAGCAGGCCUCUCCUGAAAAGAGUGAGGCCAAGAGGACAGAGACGCACACUCCUGUAGCCACACCUAAAAAGUCUGGACCGAGCGGGUCCAGCAGCUCUGGUCCACCCGGCAGAGUCAGUGCCGCCAGCUUAGCCAGCAGCGUGACUGUAGUUAUUGGCAAAGGACAGAAAGAAAGGAGAAUUUAUCAGUGCCAAUACUGCGACUACAGCACCGGGGACGCUUCGGGAUUCAAGCGACAUGUGAUUUCCAUUCAUACAAAAGACUAUCCGCACCGCUGCGAGAUCUGUUCAAAAGGCUUCCGACGCCCCUCAGAGAAGAACCAGCAUAUCAUGCGACACCACAAGGACGUGGUUCAGGCCGAGUGACUAUGACCGAGCCAAAAACUGUGCCACAGCAAAAGAACAACAUUGAAGCAACCAUCCCACCCAGCACUGCACCCAGCACAGCAGCAUCCAUGAUGAACUACUGCAGUGUGUCUGCGAGCUGCUGCACUUAGUCCGUUCUGUUGUUUUGCUCUUUUUGAUACUCUGCCUGUUUGUUCACUAAUGUAUACACAUGUACAUAACGUCAGCGCUCUGUCCACACAUGUGCGUAACGUUAGCGAUGUCUACGCGUGUGCGUGACGCUAGCACUGUCUACACGUGUGUGUAACGUUAGCGCUCUGUCCACAUGUGUAACAGAAGACCUCCGUAGACUUGCACUUUGAACUGCAUGUCCUUGCUGGUGACGGUGUGCAUGGCAGAUUGUGCAAACAUCUCUUUGUAGAUUUUUAAGUUUGCAGGCAGUGAUCGGCUGUCGAUCAUAAUGGUCCUAAUUAUUUGUCUCAGAACUGAAGUAAUUUGCAAAAAAUUUGUCUUUGUUAAAAUGUACUAAACAGCAGAUUAGAAACCUGUUCCUCCAGAAGCACUUCAUCCUGCUAAAGAUCAUGAAUAAUGCAGUAAUCCUGUGUGUGUGUGUGUGUGUGUGUGUGUGUGUGUGUGUGUGUGUACAUACGUAUGUAUGUAUGUAUGUGUGCAUGCAUGCCAUGAUAGAGAAUUAAAGUUCACGUAUGCGCUGUCACGAUGCGGUCAUGCCCCCAUUUUCAUCAUCCACUUGUCGGAUGUUUCGGUGUUCAGAAGUUCUGGAACACAGUAUUUAGAAUCAGUUCAUUUUGAGCAGUAAAAACUCAGAAUUAAUUUGCGAUGAGGAAAAUGUGUCUCAACAUUCAACUAGCUGUUUGUUUCUACGAACAAACCUUAGUUUCACACGGAUUUACAGAAUCUGUCAAAUACACCAAUAUUAGGCUGUUUAAAAACAUGUCAGUAUCCUGAUAUAACUAUCUAACUAUGAUCAUACAGUACACAUGGUGCUGCUGUCAUGGAUCUAUGGACUGAAUCCAUAAUCAAUAUAUUGAUAUUAGGCUGGUUAAAACACAUCAGUAUCCUGAUAGAACUGUCUAUUGAGUCAUAUGUCUGUAUGAUCAAGAACACGUGGUGCUGCUGUCAUGGAUCUAUGGACUGAAUCCACACACGUGUACUUUUCCCAGAGGAAAGGGAACCUCUUUCUUGAUGAAACUUCAGACGACAGGUGCUGGUGGUGUUCUUGUACUUUGGCUUUUUACAUUUUUGUUAUCACCUGUGAUUAUUUUUGUUUUUAUAUUUAUUUCAUUUACAAGUUGUUGUAUAGUUAAGUGUAACUAGACUUCUAUGGGACGUAAAUUAUUGUUUUGUAUACAAAUCUGUACAAAGCGUGUAGAUGUAAACACUUGAUAAAAACAAAUCUGAACUGUGUUGUUAUGGAUGUACUUCAAUGUAUUUGUUAAAGAAAUAAAAGCAAAGUAUUUUA